AGGUGUGACUAAGCUGUCCAAACCGGUUAUUGUCGGCGCAAAUCUAGCAUCAGUCCACGUGGGUACUUCUUCGUUAUAACUGUACAGGACAGCAUCUUAAAACUUAAUGUCUUACACUAAACUAGCUCCAGCCCUCAGAGCGGGUUCCGAUAUCUGCUUGACCCGAGCAGUAAUCUCCUGCAGGCUCCGCUCCACGGUCGCGUCUCCCCGAACCGAACCGAGCUCUGAGAGUCAGGAUCAGCCGGCUGAUGCAACAUGCUCGGUGCUGAAGAAGGCGGCAGCCCAGGUAGAUCACAUUUCCCAGACAGAAAAUGCGUGGUCCAAGUCUGAGGUGUUUAUCGACUUUGCAAAUACCAAGGAAGCGUACAAGAGCAAAGAGACGCCGGAGCUAUUGAGAAGUUUGCUGGUUUUUAGGCUGUGCUCUUUUGACUUCCUGGUUGAGAAGAACAAGGAGCUGAUAAACCUUAGCAAAAAGGUCAUGGGGAAGAGGCUCUUUGAGCAGCUGAUGAAGAUGACCUUUUACGGGCAGUUUGUGGCCGGAGAGGACCAGGAAGCCAUCAAGCCCCUGGUCAGGAAGAACCGUGCAUUCGGGGUGGGCUCUGUGCUGGACUACGGUGUGGAGGAGGACCUGACGCAGGAGGAGGCUGAGAAGAAGGAGAUGGAGUCGUGUGUCUCUGAGGCUGAAAAAGAAAACCAUGGGGUGGAUCACAGAGAGAAGAAGUACAAGGCUUAUCGGCGGUUUGGCGACCGGCGUGGGGGGGUUAUAAGCGCCCGCACUUAUUUCUACGCAGACGAGGCCAAGUGUGACCAACACAUGGAGACCUUCCUCAAGUGCAUCGAAGCCUCGGGUGGAAGUUCAGAAGAUGGCUUUUCUGCUAUUAAGCUGACUGCUCUGGGGAGGCCGCAGUUCUUGCUCCAGUUUUCUGAGGUGUUGGUGAAAUGGAGACGGGUCUUUCACCUGUUGGCAGCAGACCAGGGGAAAGCAGGGCUUUCAGCUCUAGACAUCAAGCUGGAGAUGAAGCAGCUGCAGGAGAGUCUUGCAAAACUUGGGCUGGGAGCUAAAGAUGAAACACAGAACUGGUUCACUGGAGAGGAUCUGGGCAUGUCUGGCACUGUAGAUCUGUUGGACUGGAACAGCCUGAUUGACAGCAGGACCAAGAUCUCCAACCUGCUGGUGGUCCCAAACCUGGAGACUGGUCAGCUGGAGCCCCUGCUCAACAAGUUCACUGACGAGGAGGAGAUGCAGAUGAAAAGGAUGCUGCAGAGAAUGGACGUCCUCGCUAAGAAAGCUUUACAGCACGGUGUGCGGCUGAUGGUGGACGCAGAGCAGACCUAUUUCCAGCCGGCCAUCAGCAGACUGACCCUGGAGAUGCAGCGGAAAUUCAACACGGAGAAACCCACCAUCUUCAACACCUACCAGUGCUACCUCAGGGAGGCCUAUGAUAAUGUGUCGCUGGAUGUGGAGCUUUCUCGCCGCGAGGGCUGGUACUUUGGUGCCAAGCUGGUACGAGGUGCCUACAUGGACCAGGAGAGGAGCAGAGCGGCAGAGAUUGGCUACGCAGAUCCCAUUAACCCAGACUACGAGGCGACCAACCAAAUGUACCACAGGUGCUUGGAUUAUGUUCUCGAAGAGAUCAAGCACCAUAGGAAGGCCAAUGUGAUGGUGGCGUCGCACAAUGAAAACACUGUCAAGUUCACUCUGCAGAGGAUGAAUGAAUUGGGGAUCCACCCGUCGGAAAACAAGGUCUACUUUGGCCAGCUGUUGGGAAUGUGUGAUCAGAUCAGCUUCCCUCUAGGCCAGGCUGGGUAUCCAGUGUACAAGUAUGUGCCGUACGGCCCUGUGAACGAGGUCCUGCCCUACUUGUCCAGGCGAGCCCAGGAGAAUCGAGGGAUCAUGAAGGGGUCCCAGCAGGAGAGGCAGCUGCUCUGGACUGAGCUCCAGCGCCGGCUGCUGAGCGGAGAGAUCUUCUACAAGCCUGUCUACUGAGGAGAACACUGGGGGAGAUAGCACUGCUGAUCAUUCCUUUCCUUGUAAACUUGCCAGCACUGAGUUUCCUCCAAGAGUCCCGGAUAAUUGUAAUACUUUAAAUAAUUAAAUCUAUUUUAAUUGACAUUUGUUGAUAUUUGUGUAGGGAUAUGAAUAGUUGUGUAGCCUGUCUUGUUGGGUAUAUUAAUUACCACUGGCUGAACGUCCAGGAUUUAUGUACACUGGAAAGAUGAAAAAAUAAUGAACUGCCUCGUUUGGAACAAAACCCUGAGUGGCGUUGCCCACAGUGCCCAGAUUUAGGCCGGUGCAAUAGGAACAGCGAAGGAUUCAGACUUGAUUUGAAGAGCUCUUGAUACAUUUUAAGGAAACCACUGAAUCAGUUCGAUCCUUCUCAGUUUUUAAUGAAACUCAUUUCCUGAACGCUUGCUCAGGGAUUGGACAAGCUAACGUGGACUCUUACACAGGUAUGCUUAGAAAUCCCUGUGAUAUUAUCACAGAACAGAUGGUUGCUAAAAAAAAAAAAAAAAAAAAAAAAAAAAAAAAACAGAAUUGAGAGGUGGCGCUAAAUGCUUUUAAAGUGUCUGGGACAGACCAGUUAAGCAAACCUUUGCAGUCCAUUAACUGAGAGUCUGCUGAAUGCUCUUUCUCCUUGGUAACGUACACCCUCUUCUUUUUUGAUGUCCACAUUAUCCGAUAUAAGUAUAUAAGAUAAAGCCAGCAUAUUGGUUUUAGAUAAUGUGUGACUGCAAAGGAUUGGUAUUGAUAAAGAGGGAAAUUACAUUGCAGUGUAACUUAGCUCAGAAACCCUGCAGUUUCACUGCUAAUCCACAGAGCAGAGGACAAAGUAGGGAUCAGUAAAACCAGUAAAGCUGUACUGGGAAAUUAGUUUCUUUCGAUCCCACACUCCAAACAGGGUGUUAUUGGAACUGAUAUCAGGAAAGCCUAUUUGGAUUAAUUGGUAGAUAUCCUGUGUGAUCAGUUAUUGACCGCCCCAUUAUAGUAUUUAAAUACAUGUACCAUUGCAGACAAGAGCCAUACACAAUGACCAGUGCUGCUUGGAGGAAACAAAAUGCUGUCCUUUGUAUUGCUUUUAAAAAUGUGAUGUGUUGUCUGUCUUUUUUUUUAAACAGAGAUACAAAAGUAUUUAAAAUGAACAGUAUAACAUGCUUCAUAUUGCCCCUGUAGGCCAGGGCAUGAUGUUCAGUAUGCUGUAGUGAUCACUACUACCUGGGGAGAGAGUUAGAAGCCAGCUCUUCUGCUCCAGGUGCUAUAUAACCCUUUGGAUUUCUUGGGUGUUGUAGAGCAGUAAUAUAGCUAACCUGGCUUGUUUAGAAGCUCUAUUUGGUUUUAAACAGUGGGCUGUAGGACUUAUAGUUCUGGGGAUACUCUUGAAUGUUAUUGUCUUGUGGCACUGUUUGAGAAAUAACUACAGAGGAGAUGACAGUCUUCUGAGUGAAUGAAAAGCAAAAGGUUCAGGUUGUUCCACCAGUGAGGAAGACUGUAGUCUCCAAGUACACUUUAUGUGCCCAGCAGCUAUGGCUGUUACAUGGCAAGUGAUUUGCUCUCUCCUUGUUUUUAGGAUCCUGGUUGAAAAUCGUCAAAGUGCUGAUUUUGCUGUGAGUCUGACUCUGGCAUACAGCUCGGUUGCAGGCUGCAGUUGCUACAGGUCCUUUGGGAAGCAUGUUUAUCCAAACUGUACUGUAUUAUCACAGGAUAACCAGGAUCCAAGUGGAAGUGAUUGACAGAGAGAAUCCACUUGUUGUGUAAUGUGGGUGUGGCCACAGCUGCCAGCACUGUCUUGAUGUGUCUUUUUAGUUCCUAGCCUUGCUUCAAAUGUCUCCUUAUGAGGAUGAUUUUACUGUUUAUAUAUUUUUUAUUUAUAUAUUUCUUUCUGUAGUUUGGUGUUAACCUGCUGUGCUUAGUUCUGCUUCCAUGUUGUGCAGACGCAAGCUGCUUUUGUAAAUAAUCAAACUGUGUUAAUGGUGUUUGUUUUAAAUAAAGGCCGACCUUGGCAACCAAUAUGCCAGAGAAAGCACUUUCCAUUGGCAAAACAAGGCCAUCA